AUGGGCCUCGCACGCCAGGGCCCUGCUGGGCUACCACUAUCUUUCUUUGUCAUUAUUGCGCUAUUCUUUCUUUCUUUCGCCAAUGCGUUGGCCUUCCCCAAUCAGAUCUCACUCGGACAGCACGUCCCAAAGGAGAGAGAAAAGGACGAGGAACCCGCCAGCAAGACCUUGAAAAACCUCAUCGGGGCACUGCACGCCAUGCAGGACAACUACUUCCAGCUAUGGCUAGGCACGUGGCCAACCGCCAUCGACUGGACGGCCGCCGUGAUGAACACCCAUGUGGCCGCGACACUGGCGUCCCUGUCUGACACGGCCCACGAUAUUACUCCAUCUUUCCGUGCGAUUGAAAACACCAUCAACCACUUCUUCAGCCACACCUCUACGUUCUAUUUUGGGGAGAAUUCAUUCGGGUUGCGCCAGCAGGCCUACGAUGAUAUGUUGUGGGUUGUAUUGGAGUGGCUAGAGAACAUCAAGUUCCAGGACCAGCACUCAAAUCUGCACUACACCUCCGAAACAUCCUCGGCAACAUCAAUAAAAUCGUGGUACGGGACCCAGUUCCGCGACUCGGCUGCUCACCGCGCACGUCUUUUCUGGGAGCUUGCCUCGGUCGGAUGGGACAAGACCCUGUGUGACGGCGGGAUGGUCUGGAGCCCCUACCUGGGUCCUUAUAAGAACGCCAUCACCAACGAGCUGUAUAUCUCCGCCAGUAUCGGGAUGUAUCUCUAUUUCCCUGGCGACCCAAUCGAGUCCCCGUUUAUAGCCAGUCAGCAUUCUGGCGGAGAUGGCCUCCCACAUAAUCCUGCGCACCUGAAAGCCGCUGUCGAUGGGUAUGCGUGGCUCAAGCAUUCGAAUAUGACCGGGCCCCUCGGGUUGUAUGGCGACGGCUUCCACAUCAGUGGCUGGAAGAGCCCCGCAAAGCCAGGCACGAAGAAGUGCGACUUGCUCAACACCAUGGCAUACACCUAUAACCAGGGUGUCGUGCUGAGUAGUUUGAGAGGGUUAUGGCUAGCCACGGGAGACCAGGACUACCUCCGCGACGGCCACGAGCUGAUCUCCAACGUGCUGCGCGCCACGGGCUGGCCGCAGACCGACAGCCAGCAAUGGGCAGGAUUAGGCCGCGGCGGUGUCCUGGAAGACGUAUGCGACUCGCGCGGCGUGUGUAAUCAAGACGGACAGACCUUCAAGGGGAUAUUCUUCCACCACCUAGCAGAAUUCUGCCGACCACUCCGACCCCAGGAAGAACGAUUCCUGGUUGGCGAUGCUACCCGCCGCAGUCCCGCACACACCGAGAGUAGUCCCUGGGAUGAAGUCUACGAGAAACACCUGAAACGCUGCCAUUCCUAUGGCGAUUGGAUCGAACACAAUGCCAAGGCAGCGCUCAUGACUCGCGACGAUGACGGCAAGUUCGGAGCCUGGUGGGGCAGGGCAUACGGCGCUCUUGGUGAUUCUGAUGAGCUUGUCAACACUAGCGUCCUCCCCGACGGCGCGGUGGACUACCGCAGUUCGACCCUGUACGGUCUCUCGCCGUUCUCUGGGGUCGAGGCUGUUCCCCCCAGUACUAGUGCCAAGAACAAGAAGGAUUAUAACGACCGCGGCCGCGGCCGGACUGUCGAGACGCAGUCUGGCGGUGUGGCGGUGUUAAGGGCGCUGUACCAAUGGCAGACCUGCAAGUCUCUCUCAUGA